AUCAAUUCAAUCGCUCUUCGGUACUUUAUUCCUGAUUGGCUGGACGAGUUAGAAAGGGAAAAUCUUUAAUUAAGCAGAUAAUCUCUCUUUGGGAUGAAAGGAGCUCCAUUUCAGAACCCCCCCUUGGCUCUCACUUGAGACCUUCAACCUCAGAAGCGGACUUGGAGGCUCAAAACGACACCCGGACGGAUGAUAACUAUUUCCAUACAGCAUACGGGGUUGGUUUAUAGACAGGAUGCUUCUCUCUUUGGAUGUGUUCUAUGCGCUUCUUAUUUUGAUGGCCCACAUGAAGUCAGGUUAUGCUUGGUCAGUGAAUAAUUUUCUCAUGACUGGCCCAAAGGCCUACCUGAUGUAUUCAAGUAGUGUUGCUGCUGGAGCGCAGAGUGGCAUUGAUGAAUGCAAGUAUCAGUUUGCUUGGGACCGUUGGAACUGUCCGGAGAGGGCACUGCAGUUAUCUACACACAGUGGCCUCAGAAGUGCAAACAGAGAGACAGCUUUUGUCCAUGCUAUCAGUUCUGCGGGGGUCAUGUACACUUUGACUAGAAACUGCAGUUUAGGAGAUUUUGAAAACUGUGGCUGUGAUGACACCAGAAACGGGCAGCUAGGGGGACAAGGCUGGCUUUGGGGUGGCUGCAGUGACAAUGUUGGCUUUGGAGAGGCCAUCUCAAAGCAAUUUGUCGAUGCCCUGGAAACAGGACAAGAUGCACGAGCUGCUAUGAAUUUGCACAACAAUGAGGCUGGUAGGAAGGCAGUGAAAGGCACUAUGAAAAGGACAUGCAAAUGCCAUGGGGUGUCUGGAAGCUGCACAACACAAACCUGCUGGCUUCAGUUGCCAGAGUUCAGAGAGGUGGGCAACUACCUAAAGGAGAAAUACCACAAAGCCCUGAAAGUGGACCUCCUCCGAGGAGCUGGCAACAGUGCAGCAAACCGAGGGGCUGUGGCAGAGACCUUCAGUGCCAUCUCAAAGAAGGAGCUUGUCCACUUGGAGGACUCGCCAAACUACUGCUUAGAAAAUAAAACUCUAGGCUUGCAAGGCACUGAAGGCCGGGAGUGUAUCAAAAAAGGCAAGAAUCUGAGCAAGUGGGAGAAGCGAAGCUGCAAAAGGCUGUGUGGGGAGUGUGGCCUGGCCGUAGAUGAGCAAAAAGCCGAGAUGGUGUCCAGCUGCAACUGCAAGUUCCACUGGUGCUGUGCAGUCAAAUGUGAGCAAUGCCGCAAAACCGUCACCAAGUAUUUCUGUGUGAAACGGGAGAGGAGAGUCAAGAAUGAGAGUACAAGCAGGAAGAAUAUAAGGUUAAAGAAGAAGCACUAAAGUACACUUCUAACGAUAUCCAUUUUUGUCAACAUGGAGGACAUGAACUGUGCGGAGCCAUGAUUCUGUAAGAGCCUGCACCAUCUGCAGAGGCUCCUAGGUUGUCAAUAUAUGAACCUUUAUAGUACACCACUGGGUGGACCUUUCAUAACAGCACUGAAAGAAGUUUGUCGUAAAAACUAAAGGGAUUCAACUAUUGAGUUUAAUGUUAUAAUACAGUGAUUAGCAAGCAGAGCUCAAAGCUCAGAACAGACAUCACUUUACACAAGUACCUUUUAUUAAGUACAUCUGCCAUUCACUACUGAUAAUAUUUAUGUGGACAAUAUCUUUUGGCAACACACAGUAGGUUAAACAAUGUUCCUCACAAAAAUGAAAAAAUGUCUUUUUACAGCAGU